UUUAUUUCUCCUUCGGCGCCCAACAUCACCAUUACUUUCUCUCUCUCUCUCUCUACAAUGCUUGUAUAUCACUCCUCUUUACAGCACUCAAUGCCACCUCCCAAAGCUCUGCACUCCUCCUACCGGCUUCCUCCCAAUACAACAAACAAACCCCCCAUUACUAAAAAAGAAUGUGCCAAUUCGCCAACAAUUCAGAAAAAAUGAUAUUGGAGGCGGCUUUGGACGUCCUGGUGCCGUCGCUGUGGGAGGUCCAAGUCUCCGUCGCCGCCGCGGCCUUCGUCAUCGCCGCCUACUACUGGUUCUUCACUGGCGACGGAGGAGAUGACACCAAUGCCAACGAUAAAGACAAGUUCUGGACUCAUUUUGUAGAUGGGCCAGCUGAACGGAGACCAUCAGACAACUUCUACUUAUACAAUCAAGUUGCAGCUGUUGGCAGCAAAAAAACUUACUGGUGCUAACUUGAAUGGUACUUCGAAUCCUUAUGCGAUCAUCACAUGUGGCACGGAAAAGAGAUACAGUUCAAUCAUUUCUAGCACAAGGAAUCCUACCUGGGGAGAGGAGUUUAAUUUUUCUGUUGACGAGCUUCCUGUGGAGAUUAAUGUGACAAUAUAUGACUGGGACAUAAUAACGAAAAGUGCAGUUCUUGGUUCAGUGACUGUCCCUGUCGGACAUGAAGUUCAAAGUGGUGUUGUGUGGUAUAUGUUGGAUAGGUCAUCGGGGAAGGUUUGUCUCCACGUUAGAACAAUUGAACACCCACUAAAUUCUUGCAGAGUUUUGAAUGGAUAUGCUGGAGCUAAGGCUGGAAGAAUGAUUUCAGAUAAACAAGGGCAGAUGGUUGUUCAUCGAAAACCUGGGCCUCUACAAACCAUAUUUAAUCUCCUUCUAGAUGAGGUUGUGGAACAUAGUUAUUCAUGUGCACUUGAGAUGUCCUUUUUGUAUCAUGGCCGUAUGUUCGUCUCUGCAUGGCACGUCUGCUUCCAUUCUAAUGUGUUUUCGAAGCGAAUAAAGGUGGUUAUUCCAUUUGAAGAUAUAGAUGAGAUAAAAAGGAGCCAGCAUGCACUUAUUAAUCCAGCCAUUACAAUUAUUCUUCGCAUGGGUACAGGAGGGCAUGGUGCGCCUCCCUUGGGAAGUCGUGAUGGUAGACUCAGAUACAAAUUUGCAUCAUUCUGGAACAGAAAUCAAGCGGAUAGAGCUGUACAGCGUGCAUUGAAGAAUUUCUGUGCAACAGUACAAGCUGAUAAGGAAAGGGAACGGUCUGCACUUCAUGCACACAGCAGCCCUGCUAAUAUUCCUCAAGAAAACAUACCGAAGACUGUGCAGUUUCAACCCUUCAUCAAAGAUGACGUUCUAGUUGUUAUACACAAUGGUGAUUUCCCAAGCACAGCUGAGCAAUUCUUUGACUUAUUGUUUAGUGAUGGUUCAAAUUUUACAAAUGAGUUUCAUUCAGUCCGAAAGGACACUAAUGUUAAGAUUGGUCAGUGGCAUGAUGAUGUUGAGUAUGGUGGUCAAGUCAGAGAGAUCACAUUUAGAGCCCUAUGUGAAGGUUUUGUAGGACCUCCAGACACUGCAAUAACAGAUCGGCAGCAUGCUGUUUUAUCACCAGAUAAGAAACAGCUGGUACUUGAGUUCCUACAACGCGUGCAUGAUGUACCAUUUGGUUCGUACUUUGAGGUUCAUUUUAGAUGGUCUUUGGAGACAAUCUCUGAAUCCACAUGCAAGGUUGAUAUCAGAUUAGGUCCACAUAUUAAGAAAUGGUGUGUGGUUCAAUCUAGAAUUAAAUCAGAUCUACAGCGUGCGUAUAAGGAAGAUUUGGAGUUGAUGCUAAAAACAGCCCGUGCAUAUGUUUUAUCAAAGACUUCUGGAGGUUCAAUUAACAACAUUGCUUCUCCUUCCAAUAACCAUAUCCAAGAGAGUGCAUAAAACAGUUGGAAGAUUUUCGCCUUUGUAUUGCUCAUCGUGACUUUUUCCCACUCCAUUCAUAUUGUAUAUCUAGAGCAUACAGAGAUUAAUUGUAACUAAUAAUCAAAUCAAGGAAGAGUUCUUGAUCGCAAAUGCAAUUUCACCCUUUCUCCUUGCAAGCGGUGUCUUGCUACAUUUAUUUGCCGUUGAUGGUGUAGUUUCUCGAUCGAUAUUGCUUCAUCUUCAUGGAAUGGAGUUCCUUCUGA